UCGUUCAACCUGUAUCUCAGAACGAUGUCUGCCCGAAGCAAACUGGAGGCCCACCAAUACGACAAGCUCACUCAAGACGAUGUCACAUUGAUUUUACGGGCUUUGGCUGCGUAUGAACACCCAAAAUCACGAAAAGAACGACUAGCUGCCUCGUACAAAGCCAAGGGUAAACGAGAGGAAAUAGAGAAGUGGCAUUCCAAUCCAGGUUGUUUCUUGAAACAUGAGCAGUCACUGGAAGGAAGUCUGAUAGACAACCUUAUUCACAUCGCAGAUUGGCUUGAUCAUAGCCUUGCUUCCAACCGACUAGCGAAGCGGAUAGUAUGUCUCGCGAUGGCAGAUCUGCAUGUGAAGGGAAGAAGCGUGAGUAACAUAUUGCCGCAAAUCCAGGGUUCUGGAGGGGAGCAGAAGAAGAAGGGGGUCGCCACCAAAUUUUACGAAUAUCUUCGAGUUGGAAAUGGAUGGAAAGAAAUCAUCCUACUUUGCGCAUCAGCCGCAUCGAGUAAGAACCGAGAUGAGGCUACAAGAUUUUCUUACUCCGGCAUUAUCUGGUUACUGGGCAACGGAUCAAUGUGGGAGAGGGCCUGUACAGAGGAGCGCAAGGAAGCACUAAACAGCCUAGGAGAUGAUUUCCUCGCGGAAUGCGAAAAGUAUAGCCCUACGGUAGACAAGAUCCGUACGAAUCUGAAGAGUAUCAACUUCUACGCCUACUCUCCGUUUGAUACCCCUUUAAAAAGGCAUAAUCAAACUGGGGGCGCACAGACAGUACGAUUAGAGGAGGAUACUCAGGCAUUCAAGAGACGUAAGGUAGCUGCGCUAUCACAGAACGUUGCCGCUAUCGAGCAUGCCAACCCUCGCGAUGGCUCGAGUCAAUUCAACCCAACAGUGCAACCAAGUAUUGUUCCGACUGAGCACAUUGGCCAUUUGUUCCCCAGUGCAAUCGAAGACAACGAUUUUGCGCGACUGGGAGGACAUCAAGGGAGGAGAGAAGAUGCUCAAUCCCAGGAAUGUGCCUGA